UGACUUUCGCAAUUUGGAGAUUUGUUUAUAAUCUUGCAAUUGGAAUUUUGUGAGUGAAAUCUACUUAACUGCCGAUCGAUCAGUGUGCCUAGCCAGAUUCUUCAGAACAGUAAACUAAGCAAUGGAACAGGAAAGCUGCAGUAAUAUCAGACCGAAGAGAAGUCCAUGGCAGGAUGACGGGUCCUCCGUCACGGUCUUCUACGAAUUCGUCUCCAAGAACGUGUCCAUGCCCUCUGACCUGGGUGAACUGAUCGCUUACGUGUUGCUUCUUGUCAUUACGUGGUACACACUGCUCUUCGCCUUCCGGUUCCUGCUCUCCCUGGUGAAACCCGUCCUGGUGGUGCUGGUCGCACUGUUCGUCUUCCGGUUCCUGCGGUCCUUCGAGUUUGAGGACAUCAUAGAUCUUGGCUUCACCAUCCUGGGAAUGGUUGCCAAUCUGGUGGUAUCCGUCGUGUCCAAAUUCUUGGAGUUCAUUCUAAGAUUUUUUAGUUAAAAUAUGUGUGUAGGUUCACCAAUCCACAUUCCUUUGUUAUGCGCUCUGUAAAUGACAUAAACUUCAUAAAUGUUGCACAUCUGUUUAUAUUUUUUAAUAAAUAUUUUUGUACACUAAUAAAAA